UUAAAACAGCUAGGUGAACUUGGCGUAGGGAAGAUUACAACCAAUUCAACAUUAUAUCUUUGGUGCUGUGAUUUGUUGUGAAAGUGCUGCAAGUGUUGUAUCCAAAUAUCGCGAGUUUUGUGUGAAUCCCCUCUCAACGAGAUUGGGCCUGGUUUUGAUUACAUUUGUGUUGUGUGGAGGACACACAGAAGAUGGAGAUGACGUUAGCUAAUCUGUAAAUAUGUCAUUUUUGCUAUAUUUUUUUCUCAUUUUUUGACUAUGUGCUCUUGCGGAAUUGAGACGAGGAGGCCAGGAGGAGUCAAACCCAUGACACAAUGAGUCCUCCAGCUCCACUUGUGUACUUGGAGUGGACAUUUGGCUGCAUUCAGCAGCAGCUGGCAAGCAAAUCUCAGCUCCUAACCCAGUUGACUUCUGCCCCCGGGUGAGGGUAUGGACAGACGAGCACAAUGAACAGAUACAACACCCUCAAGCAGCUCGGCGAUGGCACAUAUGGCUCGGUCAUCCUCGGACGCAACCUGGAGUCCGGAGAGCUUGUAGCCAUUAAGAAAAUGAAAAGAAAGUUCUACUCAUGGGAAGAAUGCAUGAAUCUCCGUGAAGUUAAGUCCUUAAAGAAGCUCAACCACGCUAACGUGAUUAAGUUGAAGGAGGUCAUCAGAGAGAAUGACCACUUGUACUUUAUCUUUGAGUAUAUGAAAGAAAACCUCUACCAGCUAAUGAAAGACAGAACUCGGUUGUUCCCAGAAUCUGCUGUUAGAAAUAUUAUGUUUCAGAUCCUCCAGGGCCUUGCCUUCAUUCAUAAACAUGGGUUUUUCCACAGAGACAUGAAGCCUGAGAAUCUUCUGUGCAUGGGCCCCGAGUUGGUGAAGAUAGCCGAUUUUGGCCUCGCCCGUGAGAUAAGAUCUCGACCACCCUACACGGACUAUGUGUCAACCAGAUGGUACCGAGCACCAGAGGUCCUCCUCAGAUCUAUAUCCUACAGCUCCCCCAUUGACCAGUGGGCGGUGGGCUGCAUCAUGGCAGAGCUUUACACCCUCAGACCUUUAUUCCCAGGCUCUAGUGAGGUGGACACCAUAUUCAAGAUCUGCCAAGUUUUGGGUACACCAAAGAAGAAUGAUUGGUCGGAGGGUUUCCAACUGGCCAGUGCCAUGUAUUUCCGUUGGCCUCAGUGUGUUCCCAGUAAACUAAAGACACUAAUUCCUAAUGCCAGUCCUGAGGCCAUCCACCUGAUGACUGACCUUCUUCAAUGGGACCCCAAGAAAAGACCAACAUCUGCACAGGCUCUCAGGUACUCGUACUUUCACGUGGGCCAGGCUUUGGGCACCCCUCAGCAGAUCCUGGACCAGGGGCGACCCCAGCCUCAUCCUUUGCCGGCACAGCCACCAUUAUUACAGCCCCAACAGACUCCACAACAGCAACCCUUACAUCUGAGGCCUAUGCCUCCCUCUCAGCCGCCGCCACCGCACGACCAACACUGCACCCCGUCCAGGCCUGUGCAGCAGCUCCAGCCCUCCCCUGUCCCAGCCCCACCAGCGGCAUACCAACGCCACGUGGAGCUGGUUCGAGAGCAACAACCAAAGCACCUUCUCAAGCAGGAACCCAGAGAAGGAACACCACACAAUCAUCUACCUUAUAUUCUGGACAAGAGCAAGACGAGGCAAGAAAGUGACAACACAAACCCGCUGAGCUACCAGAUGAAAGCGAAAGGAGGACGUCGCCGCUGGGGUCACGGCACAGGACAUCUGAAAGGGGAGGAUUGGGACGACUACGAAGACACUGAAUUGACGCCGAGCCUUCUGGGGAAAAGCAACUUCUCCAAAGAGAAGUCAAGACAAACAGAGGAGCCGCUUAGAAGAUAUAGCGACAUUCUAGACUUCAGUCACCCUAACAACAAAGAAGAAGCACCUUUAAACCUAAACAAGGCGUCAGGCUACCAGGAAGCAUCAAGGACUGCAUCUGCCAAACAACACUACCUGAGGCAGUCUCGAUAUUUACCAGGUAUCAGCACAAAGACAAAUGUGGCCAUAAACGCAAAUAAAGACAUGCCCGCAAGUCAUCUUUGGGGUAACAGCAGUAUUCCAUUUGGUGGUACACUACCAAGCAGAGGUCUUCACGGCACAAACACAUUCCCAGGAGGAUGCUUGCCAACAUUUUACAAAAAAGAUGUCGGCACAACUGGUCACAGAGGUCAUCAGGGUCCUUCUUUGGAAUCAACAGCGUCAAAUUAUGCAACAUGGCGAUCUGGUCGGAGCCAGAGAACUGCCUCCACCAACAUGGGCAACAAAAGCCCCCCUUAUUCAUUGCCACGUGCACCAGUACAGACCAUUCACGGGCGAAUAGACUGGUCUGCCAAAUAUGGACACCGCUAGUUGCCUGGGAGACACUCUUUAAUUUACCUCCAAAGAGUAGACCUAAUUGUUUCGUAAUCAAAGGCUGUACAUACAUCUUGACACAGCAAUAAUAUUUGUUUCACGAGAUGUACCAUGGAUGUUGCGUGUAUGUAUGUAUAUUUGUGUGAGGUUACAUGCAGAAAAAAAUGCACCUCGGUAAUAGAAAUAUUUACUCUGCCUGUUGUUACAUGUUUUAUAUGGUUUAUUAUUGGACCUGUUUACCAACAUGUAUCAAUGAAAUGCAUAUUAUGAGGGCACUGCGAGUUGUUUACAAUGAAUUACUUUGCUACUGUAUAUUACUUUCUAUACAAAUCCGUAUGUGGCUACUGUAUAUUACUUUACACAUAUUGCUUUUUUGCUUUGUGAUGCUGAGUUAAGUAUUUGCAUGUUUGUUUGUUUUUUUCAAUUAAAGUGAUGGCAGUGAUCUAAAUAUUUUGAUUAUGCAGUACACCAUUACUGAACAUUCAUUCAA